AUGUUUAGAAACACUGCCCUGAAAGCUGCUUCAUUCAAGCCUACAAACCCUUUGUCAGUUGUCAAAGGUACUAUCAGAAACGCCUCGCGAUCUGCUUCCUCAUUAAAUGUGGCUUACAAAAGAGAUCGAGGUGCUGAAGAUGCCUUGUCAGAAAAGCACGAUAGCCAAGCCAAGCUCUCAGAAGAAGAAGUGCGUCGCUUUGUGGUCGGAUUGUCUACAAUGCUUUGGGAUGGCAAGCUUAGACCGUCUACUUCUCGUGAGCAGGUGAUUUUACAUUUUGUCGGUCAAAACCAUGGUAACUCCAAAGCCAAAAACCAAGCUGCAAACCAGGUCAACGACAUUCUUGCCAAAAUGGCCAAAGUAAUCAAAAGAAAGCAUAACGACACUUCUGUACUGGAGUGGAUCUACUAG